AUGAAAAAAGACAACCAGACCUGCUUGACAGAGAUUGUUCUGUUGGGCUUCUCAGAUUUCCAGUCUAUGCAGAAAUUUCUGCUUUGCCUGGUUCUAAUAUUCUACUUUUUGGCCUUGAUGGGCAACAGCCUGAUUUUUAUCCUUACUAUUGUCAGUCCCACCCUUCACACUCCAAUGUACUUCUUCCUCUGGAACUUGUCCUUUUUGGAAAUUGGCUACACCUCCACUAUCAGCCCAAAGUUACUGGUGAAUUUGUUAUCAGAGAAGCAGACUAUAUCCUUUUGGGGCUGUGGAACUCAAUUAUGUUGUUUCCUUCUCUUUGGUACCACCGAGUGUUGUCUUCUUUGUGUCAUGGCGUAUGAUCGCUACGUUGCCAUUUGCAAACCCUUUCAAUACCCAUAUAUCAUGAACUAUAGGGAAUGUGCUCACUUUGUUGCUGCUUCAUGGGCCAUCGGGAUUUUGGUGGGUGUGGGGCAAUCUAUUUCAAUUUUCACCCUUCCCUUCUGUGGAUCAAAUAGAAUCAGCCAUUUCCUCUGUGAUCUUAUGCCUGUUCUGAGACUGGCUUCCACCAAUACCUACAAAAAUGAAGUGGCCAUUGCCACACUAACCGUGGUAUUUGUCCUAGUACCCCUUUUGCUCAUC